UGCCUUGUAGAUCAACAAAUGCUGCAACAAACUUCAAAGAAGAUAAUAAAAUUAUUAAAAAUAUAACAAAUUUUUGGGAGUGACCAAGUGUAUUAUCUACCCAAUAAUUGCAUUUUUUGUUUGAUAAAUCGUUCAUACCUACUCUAAUGUUUUGUUGAGGUAUCCAUCAAAUUACAAAUAUGAAUCAUUCAUUUUGUUACUGUAUGUUUUUAUAGUUCAUUCAUUUUGUUUUAAAUUGUACCAUGGACUUCUCAAGGAGAAAUAAUGCAGAAGAACAAAGAUGUAUUCUUGGGCUGCAAGAUUUAAAAAUUACAAACAAAGACGAAAAUGAUACUGAGCAAGCGCACAGUGCAACGACAUCUAACAUAUCAAUCCAGACCAAAUCGAGACCUGUGGGCGCAAUCGAGAGUUUCACAUUGGGUAAUAAUCCAAACAAUAGACAGGAUUAUAGUUUUUAUGAACGCUCAAAUGUUAUAGCAGCCUCGAAAUACGCUACUCCAAAAAGGGUGGAAACUAUAGCUUCGAAUAACAAACGUGAUAUCAAUGCGACUGCUCUACCACCGAGCCCUACGCGUUCAAUAGAUUCAAUAUCGCAAAGGUCUAUAAGUUAUCAGACUGAAGAUUUAUAUGAAAUACCGGGUAACACAAACACGUCGUAUCCACCACCUGUUUACGAAAAUAUAGAUUAUUACGGUGAACAACAAUUACCUCAACCUCCAUUCUAUCACCAAUUGUAUCAACAAGGCCCUCCACUUGCGCCUGAAGGAUAUUACGAUACACGUUAUAGCAAGGCUCAACCUCAGGUUCCUGUAAACACAAAGCCAAAACCACUUGUUUAUGAGAACAUGCUUUGUUCUGAUAAUGAAAAAAAAGUUGAUUACAAAGCUCAACCUAACCAACAGCACUUCAUACAACAGAGCUCUUCUACCCCUGGGCCCCAAGUUCCAAAUACACAAAUACUAAAUAAAAAUAUAACCCAUUUGUCAAGUGAUAAAACUAAAUUAGAUAAGAUUCCACCACCACCACCGUACAAUACAGCCCAGGAUACUUGCAGUAAUGAUUAUACUAUUAUGAAAUCUGCUCCUCCAAAGUACACAGAUGUGAGUGCUCUCUUAAAAAAUGAUAACACAGUGAGUUUUGAUGACAAAGUUGUCAGUAUUCCCUCAACUGCAAUAUAUGCUUCAAUAGCACCUAGUGCCCAACGACCAAAAGCAAAUAUUGCUACUGAGGUUCAAAUAGCUGUUCCUGCACCUAAAUUCUUUCAUCCUAAACCACAAUUAGGUAAUGGACUUGGUAAAAUAAAACAGCCAGUGGCAAAUGGUGGGUAUAGUACAAAUUUAAAAAUGCAAUUAGGAAGAAUGCAGAUAGUUGAUGACACAAAUGGAUCAGACUAUGUGUGUAUGACUGGUGGAACUCCAGCUGCUGCAGUGGCAGCUGCUAAUAGGGAUAAUAUAUCCCUAGGUUCAGAAUCAGUAGGGUCUAGAAAUUUAACUUCUACUAGAACAUCUCUGUGCUCUCCUGCUCAAUCACCUGCGCCUAGUCCUACACCAAGCUCAGUAUCACAAGUGUCUGGUGGUUCGAGGGGUUCAGGAGGACGAGGGAAGAGUUUGCUGCCUUACAGUAUCACACCCCCACGCCCACCUGGUCCUAGUGAGGCUCAAAGAAAAAUAGAAGAGAUGACUAGACAAUUAGAAGAGGAAAUGGAAAGACAGGAUGAAGAGGGAGAGUAUUUUGGUAUAUGCCAUACAUGUGGUGCGGGUGUAACUGGUGCGGGGCAAGCCUGCCAAGCUAUGGGCAACCUAUACCACACCAAUUGCUUUAUUUGCUGCUCCUGUGGCCGAGCUCUCAGGGGAAAAGCUUUCUACAAUGUGCAUGGAAAAGUGUACUGUGAAGAGGACUACUUGUAUUCUGGUUUUCAACAAACUGCAGAAAAAUGUGCAAUAUGUGGCCAUCUUAUAAUGGAAAUGAUUCUACAAGCCAUGGGCAAAUCAUACCACCCCGGAUGUUUCCGAUGCUGUAUCUGCAAUGAAUGUCUUGAUGGAGUUCCGUUUACAGUGGAUGUUGACAAUAAGAUUUAUUGUGUCAAUGACUAUCAUAGGAUGUUUGCGCCUAAGUGUGCCAGCUGCGGAAAAGGUAUUACACCAGUGGAGGGCACAGAUGAAACGGUGCGCGUGGUGUCCAUGGAUCGUGACUUCCAUGUGGAUUGUUACAUGUGCUGUGUGUGCGGCAUGCAACUCACCGACGAGCCUGAUAAACGAUGCUAUCCCUUAGCUGGAAAACUGAUGUGUCGCGCGUGCCACUUGGCUACAAUCGGUGCAGCCACAGGUCCCGGCAUGCCGCCCGCCCCGCACCUCUCACCAGCUUCCUAUCAAUACAUGGGCUAAAUGAAGUAUUAAAAGUGUAUGCUUCGUGUACAUACCUAGAGAUUAUGAAAUUGUUCAAAUGGAUAUAAGAUUCCUUACAUAAGGCUAUAAUAUUAUGCCUAAAAUUAUUAAAUAGGGUUUUAUAAUUUUGCAACAAAGCCCAUUUAUAGAUGUAAUGGAACAAAUGGUUAAGUUAAAUCUUAUACUAAGUAUUAUUUAUCUGUUCAUUAAAUAGUUGGAUGCUUCAAUGUAUGUAAUUGUAAGUAAACAGUGGGCAGCAAUAUUCAAAUGAAAUUGCAAUAUGCAAUAUAACAUACCAUGACUUAUACCGGAUUUACUUAUGUAUUAUGUUAUGUAUUUUUAAUAGCAAUGGAUUUGAUGUUAUGCUAGUUUAUAUUCAUUAUGUAAUCUAUGUCUUCAAAUAAAUUUUAUCAGAACAAUUUUGUGUACCUAUAAGCUUUAAAAUAAGUGUGCGUGGUUUAUUUUACAUGGUGAAAUGAAUAACACUAGAGUCUAGCUCUUAUCAGUAAUUAGUAAGUAGUUUAAGUAUUGAAAUAAUUUUGACUGCAUAAAUAUUUUAUGAAUAUUUCAUAUAGAGUAAUAAUAAAUAUGUUUCUUUAAUUACGAUCAACAAGGAUAUGUCAAUGGAGUAUGAACUAUGAAGAAAUACUGCACCAAAAUAUUUCAGCAAUAUUGCUGUAUAUUUUGCAAAUAAUACGCUUUCGACAGGCAGCAACAAAAACAUUUUAAAUUAAACUCCUAAAUAUAGCUGACAAAUUAACAAAUUGAAAUAAAAGUAAGUAAGCACUUGGAAGAUAAAACCAUGAAAUAAAUUACAUAUAAUAACUACAUAAAGGUUUUUAAAGCUAUUUGUGGGCAAUUUGCCUUAUAUGAAAUUAUACAAGUUAUUAUAAUGUACUUUAUUAUUAUAAUAAAUAAUUAACGUAGAUACUAGGAUUUGAUUGUGAUUUUGUAAAACCAGUUAUGGUUGAUGCCUAUGUUGCCUUGUGAUAUAACAAUAGAAAGUUGCGUACUAACAUUACAUAGAACAACGAACUUUUUCAUAUGUGUGGUAAAUUGGGAUUGAUUUUACACAAUUUUUGUAUAUAUUAAAACCAGGGUUUUUUUACACAAUUGAAAUGGUACAAAUUAUAUAUAUUAAUACAAUGUCACAAGUAUUAACAUAAUGUCUAAUAUUAUUAUCAUUUAAUUUAUUUGCAAAGUUGAUGCAUUUAUUAUUUUUAUGUUCCAAUAGCACCUCUGGUUGCGCUCUUGUCACUUCCGUAUUUAUUUUGUUUAAUGAUUUAAGAAAAUUAAAUAUUGCCAUAAUAAACAUUCCAGCUAUGUGCUGUCUUAUUUUAUAGGUACUUAAUUAAAUGUAGAAUUCCUUUGUCUGUACAUUAUGGUACCGAUGUUGUGAUUAUUUUAAUUUUAAAAUACAUGUACAAUUGAAGGUAAUUGAUAAUUGUGUAAGGCUCAGCUUUUAUAUUUAUAUUUUGGAAGCAAUAAAUAUUUCAAACUGUA